AUGUCCAAUCUUGAGAAGCCGUCUGGAGCUAAUGAUAUGUACGACGAUGAGUUGGAUUGUGUGUAUGAAGAAGGUGAAAAUGAAGAAGUGGUCGUGAAAGAAGAAGAAGAAGAAGAUUCGGAGACUGAUGACCAUGAUGAGGAAGGUGUUGAUCAGCCAGCAGUUAAUGAAGCCCAGUCAACUGAAUCUGUGGUGAAAACUGAAGGUCAAAAUGAGACUACGAUUGAUAUGUUCGAUGAUGAGUUUCAUUUGAUUAUGGAACAGGAUUUUUCUGCUAAAACAAAUGCCAAUGGAACAAACGAUGCAGCCAACGAAGAACACGAAACUGAUUCGGAUGCCACUGAAAUUGAUGAUGAUGAUCAUUCAGCAGUCAGUGAACCUCAGCAAAACACCGAACCAGUGGUCACCCGUAGCUCAAGCAGUGCAUCAGGUGAACAACAGCUGAAUGGUCGUCGAAGAAGACCUAAAACCCACAAGUGUCAGCAGUGCGACAAAAGCUUUCCAGCUCCAUCUAAACUUAAAACACACCAACUUGUUCAUACUAACAUUCGGGCUCAUCAGUGCCCAACAUGCUCCAAGUCAUUUGGGCUAAAAGGUCAUCUCAAAGAACACCAGCUUGUUCACACUGGCAUUAAAGCGCACAAGUGUACAAUUUGCUCUAAAUCAUUUGGGCUAGAGAAACAUCUCAAAAGGCAUCAGCUUGUCCACACUGGCAUUAAAGCGCACAAGUGCCCAACAUGCUCCAAAUCAUUUGGGCUAAAGGGUGAACUCAAGCGGCACCAACUGGUGCACACAGGCAUUCGAGCUCACAAAUGCACAAUUUGCUCCAAAUCAUUUGGGCAAAAAG